AUGGCAAAGACAGAGCAGGAGGUGACACGCCCAGUGGUAACACUAACGGAAAUUAUAAACCAAGAAAAGACGCAGCCAGAAGUAACAGAGAAAGAGUUGGCACAGCCAGAAGAGACACAACCGAAAGAGACUGCAACAUCUGGUGAUGGAAAACCAGCAGAGUCUGCUGCGGAAGUGCCAGUCCCACCAAAGAAGACAGCUGAAACAUCCGAGGGAGCACAAAAGGCAACGGAGGAGGUAUUUUCCUUGGAAAAUGUUGUAGCAACACCAAUAAAAGAGGCACAAGUUCAGUCCCAGCAGGAACAAGCACCGGCCGAGGAAGCGAAAAUGUCAGAAGAGGGGACUGAAAUGUCUGAACCAGGUGCAUCAGUGCCAGUAUCAAAAAAAGACACUGCCUCUGACGAUGAUGCAGUAAUCCCACAUGCAGGUGCACAAACACAGGAAAAAGAAACGGAAGUGAAAGAAACAAUUGUGACAAACACCGAAGUUGUAACUGAAAAAUCAGAUGACGAUAAGGCCAAAAAUACUUCAACGAUAGUAACAAAGACGGAGACGGUUACAAAAACAAGUUACACGGUUGUACUUGAAACAGGCGGUGUUAGGAAUGAGGAGACAGUCACCGGAAGUGCAAACGACCAGGCCCAGGACGAAGUUGCCGAAAAAUCUGAAUCAGAAGAAAAGAAAGAAAAGGAAAAGGGAACCAGUCCGGAUGAUAAUAAAUGUGUUGAAUCGGAGAAAGCAAAUGAGGCUGCAGAGGGUAAAGAGGCUGAACCUGAACCUAUUUUGGACAAAUCUGAUAUGAAGCGUUCUCAAGGCUGUUGUGUUAUAUCAUAG